ACGCCCUCGACUGAGGAUACCACCAAGGCGUUUCGGACACCUAGCGAUAUGCUUGAUUAUGCCACACGAAACUGGCAUUCGAAUCAUGUCACAUUGUCUCUUCAAGAACCAUCCAUUCUGUCGGGAUUUCUCGUCCGACCGUUCUUUGUGGUUAUUAGAGUAGACGCGCCUGUGUUACUCCGCUGGGACCGAGAACGAUCGAAACGGCCGAAUAGACUCCUGACGCUCGAAGAGUUUCUUAAAGAGAACGAUCGUAUCUAUAUGCAGCUUCAGGACCAUCAUACAUUCGGGCAUGGCUCGAUCUUGAUUAACAAUUCAUUUGAUGAUGUACACGGGUUACGACAACACUUGGAAUCAUUGGACCUCUUAGAUCCCGAAAGGCUGCGACCAGGCUGGGACUCGUACUUUAUGACACUCACAGAACUUGCCUCUCAACGAUCCAAUUGCAUGAAGCGUCGGGUUGGUGCCAUCCUCGUCCGGAAUCGAAGGAUAUUGGCUACUGGGUAUAAUGGGACUCCUAGAAACCUUACAAACUGCAAUGAAGGGGGUUGCGCCCGCUGUAACGGCGGGAACAAUGCAGCUAGUGGUGACGAAUGUUUAUGCCUUCAUGCGGAAGAGAACGCUUUGCUGGAGGCAGGGCGGGAAAGAGUGGGCUCUGGCGCUGUCCUCUACUGCAAUACUUGUCCAUGCCUGAGGUGCUCCAUCAAGAUCGUUCAGACAGGAGUUCAAGAAGUUGUGUAUAACCUCGCGUACAGGAUGGACACAGCGACUGCUCGUGUAUUUGAAGAGGCCCAAGUUACUCUUCGGCAAUUCUCUCCUGACAAACCGUGCAUUACAUGAUCCCAUAGCCUGGUUGAGUUGGUCACUACCUGCGAAUUUCGAGUUGGGUAUCUGUGAUGGUUCUGAUCGUAUGCCGCACCCUUGAAGCGUAAUGUCGUAGGGAUCAAGUUUGUCUUUCUGAAAUGAAAUCGUUACUCUAUUCAAUCCACGAUCUCCACCUCUCGAUUCGUUUAUAAAUUCGGCUGAGUGCCCUGAAUCAGCGUCACCCAACCCUCUUGUCGACUUCGCUGUUGC